UCCGCCUCCUUCCACGUCUCAGUCGAACAGGAAGUAGAAAUAUAGGUUCUUAAAGAAGCAGGUAUAUUCAAAGCUUCAAAUACGAUUUUAAAGUGAAGGUUAUUGCUCCUUUUCCUGUGUUCCUUUUAAACGAACGCAUCGUUCGCCAGCUGCGGUGGGACGGAGACACACUGUUACCUGAAAGACAGGGACGAUAACCGGAGAUUGAAGUAAAACAGAGAAGAGGAACAAGUAAUAGGUUUAUUCCAUGCUGAAAAGAGAAGAAAGAAAACACUACGUUUCUGCCGUGGAGCCUUCUUCAGGGUUUUACAUAUACUGAAUCUGGAGGUGUCGUCUCUAUAAAGCUCAAGGGCUGGUGUGGCAGACAGUCGGGAUGGGAGAGAAGGUGCUGGUGACUGGUGGAGGAGGGUAUAUUGGCAGCCACUGCGUGGUGGAGCUGAUUGAAGCAGGUUUCUGCCCUGUAGUCAUCGACAACUUCAGCAACACCAUCCGAGGAGAGGGGGGUGUUCCGGAAAGCCUGCGCAGGAUUGAGAAGAUCCUGGACACUGCAAUCGAAUUCCAUGAGCUGGACCUACUGGACCGGGCCGGGCUGGAGGAGGUCUUCAGGAAGCACCGGUUCACAGCUGUGAUACACUUUGCGGGUCUGAAGGCAGUUGGGGAGUCAGUGGAGCAACCUCUGCGGUACUACCGGGUCAACCUGACUGGAACCAUCAACCUGCUCGAGACGAUGCAGGCUCAUGGCGUGCACAACAUCGUGUUCAGCAGUUCGGCCACAGUGUACGGAGACCCCCAGCGGCUGCCCAUCGAUGAGAGCCACCCCGCAGGGGGCUGCACCAACCCCUACGGGAAGACCAAGUACUUCAUCGAGGAGAUGAUCAAGGACCAGUGCGAGGCCGAGAAGGACUGGAAUGCAGUUCUCCUGCGUUAUUUCAACCCCAUUGGGGCUCACAGCUCAGGACAGAUUGGAGAGGAUCCCCAGGGCAUUCCCAACAACCUUCUGCCCUAUGUUGCCCAGGUGGCGAUCGGACGACGAGAGCACCUGAAUGUGUUUGGGAAUGACUACAGCACACCCGACGGCACAGGAGUGAGAGAUUACAUUCACGUUGUGGACCUGGCAAAGGGCCACAUUGCUGCUCUCCGGAAACUCAAGGAGAACUGCGGCUGUAAGAUUUAUAACCUGGGCACUGGCACAGGCUACUCUGUGCUGCAAAUGGUGAAAGCCAUGGAGAAAGCAUCAGGGAGAGAGAUCCAGUACAAGAUUGCCCCGAGGCGUAAUGGUGACAUCGCCUCGUGUUACGCCGACCCCCAGCUGGCGGAGAAAGAGCUAGGCUGGAAAGCCAGCUUCGGGCUGGAGAAGAUGUGUGAGGACUUGUGGCGCUGGCAAUCCCAGAAUCCGACUGGCUUCAGCCAAGGUGCAGAAUCCUAACCCUGGGACCUCACUUCUGACCUCAUCAACAGCCAAUCAGGAUGCCCACAGGGAACAAUAGCUGAGAGCUCUCAGAAUACAACAAGGGACAAAGACUAAUCAAUCAGUUUCUAAUUUUAUAGAUCUAUGAACUUGAAAUCCUUGAUAAGAAAACACAUUUUUAUCUUGUUUUCAGCUAUAUUUAAAGCAACUGCUUGGCUGCUAUGACACAGUCUGCUUACAAAAAAUCCUUUUUUGCGCCUGUAAACAAGCAGGACUUGACUUACUGCACUACUGAUUGCAUCCUUAUGACCACAAGGUGAAUUAGACAUAAAUGGUCUCAUUUUCUAAAUUAAAGUUUAUGUACUAAA